AUGGACAAUUUUUUCUUAAAAGGAACCAAGAAGCGUUCCACCAAUGGAGGAGGCUGUCACACUCCAGAAGUUGGUAACAGGAGUGGUUCCAUGAGGGGAUUUCAAGUUUUAUCCCAAAAUGCAUACGCAGGAUUCAAAUAUGAUUUGUUCAUCUGUUACACUGAAGAAGAUGAUGACAUGGUAGACCAUAAGCUGAUAAGUUUCUUAGAUCAGGAACGCUCUGGCGGUGGACAAAAUACAUGCACAUAUGAAAAGAAAAAUUUCUUGCCAGGAAGACAUAAUGUUGAAAAUGUGUGCCAAGCCAUGAAAGAAAGCCGCAAGACAUUACUGGUCCUGACCUCCAAUUUUGUGAAGACAGAAUGGUGUAAAUAUGUUGCAGGGUACAGGUUUGAAGAGGAAUUCAAGAAUCGUAUACUCAUUGUUCAGCUGGAGGAGUGUAAUAUUUCCAAAAGGCUUAGACAGUAUAUCCAUGGGGUUGAGAUCCUGAAAUAUGGUGAACCACCAGAUGAUUUUUAUCGAACCCUUCAAUUUUUUAUUGACCAUGAUAUUGAUACAAGUACAUCAUCUUCAUUUGGCAGACACCUACACAUGGAAGGCAAGAAAUAUGACACUGGAACUGAACCAAACAAUGAUUAUUAUGGUGAGCAGUUCAAAGCAGCUUUGUCAGAUGCAAACUAUUGCAGCCAAAAUAAUACAGAUUUGGUAGAUAAAGCUGUUGCAGAAGGAAGUUUAUGUAGCUUCAAUAAAGAUCCAGAGUCAUACGUGGAAAGAAUGAAUAAGAUGGUCGAAAACAGCCCAAACUAUUUACUCCAUAAAAAAUCCUUAAGAAAAGCAAUGCUUUCACAAAACUUAAACUGGGAUAUUCUGGCUGUUAUUAGCUGUAUUAAAGAUGCAGAUUUAAAGGAAAUAGCUUUGAAAAAAUUGGAAGGAGUUCUGCUGGAAAAUGAUCCUCUUUCUGAUGAGCAGGCAAAUGACAGGCUACUUGAGGCUGCUGUCAAAAUUGAGCUUUCUUUGUUUUCUGAAACAAACAGUAACUUUCUGACAAAACGAUUGUCAGUUUAUGGAUAUCUAUUGACAUGCAUUCUUUUGCAUGUAUGGGAGCAGCAUAUCUAUCCACCUAGUCAUUGGUUAUCUAGGCUAGGUGAAAAAGUUCUGCCAUUUUUAGAGGAUGCCAAACGAAGUAAGAGUGCUAGGAACAAAAGACAAAAAUACGCAAUUGAUUUUUGCCUAUUCAUCAUACGCAGUUUGAGGUUUGACAGUGGGCCUGAAAUGCAGAACCAGUGGAAAGUAUUCCAUAAAUUUGUAAUAUCUGAUGAUAUUUCCCACCAUGCCAUUAAUUGGGAAGAUGUUCUUGGGACACGUCUGAUGAAUAAAAACUCAGAGUGUUGGUUUUAUUUCAUUAAGGUGAUUCUCCAGGCCUUCACAGGACUCCAGGCAAGAAAAAAAGUACAGGAGACGAGAAAAAGAAGCUUUGCAUGCCUUCCCCUUCAUGCAAUGGCAUACAUGCUGAAAAAGUUCAAGCCCAACUGCUUGUACCAUGAAGAAACUAUUCUUCAGUGUGCUCAUAUUUUGAGUAGGAUGGCAUGCCAGCCAAAAAAUGAAAUGGCACAGUCUGUGGUGUUUGGCUGUACAGAAGCAGGUUCCCCAGAUAAUGGUCUUAGGCAUCUGUUUGAUACUGUCCAAGGGAAUAAGUCCUUCAAAGAAGCUCUUUCAGAAGUCAUUAGACCCAUCUUAUCUACAUCAGAAGACCAAACAAUCAAAACUGUACUGCUUGAAAAAAUUUUACCAAGAGAUUGCAGAACAGAAGAAAAGAGGAAAGAUUUAGUGAUGACCGCAAUUGUCGAAAAAUUAACUGAGCAUUACACCCUUAUGGGUCAGAGUUUGGCAAUUGACUUGAAGCCACAGUUGAGUCAAGCACAAAAUGAUAUAUUUCGCCUUGAUGGAAAAUUAAAUGGAAACCCAGUGACAGCUGUUAUUUUGAAUACAUUUAAAUGUGGUGAUGUUUCUCAGAUUAAAAAGGAGGAAAAGCUGAUCAAGAAACUUACACACAAGAACAUCCCUAAAUUGGUGGAAAAGAUGGAGGGAGAUGGAAUUCCAUUCCAUUUUAUCACUGAGAGAGCCAAGGGAGAAAAUCUCCAGACCUUUCUUUUGCAGAAACGCAAAGAUCCAGAUUCAUUUCCCUUGCCUGAUCGCAUGAAACUGGCAACAGGACUCUGUGAAACACUUCACUAUACCACACAUUCAGAGUGUGUACUUAGAAACCUUUCUGCCCAGACCAUCAUGAUAAUGAAAGACGCCCGGAGGCAAUAUCAGCCUAAAAUUGUAAACUUUCAGCAAGCUUUAACAGUGCAAGGAGGAAAGCUUGCACCAGGAACCAUGAGAGACAAAAUACCCGUGAGAUGUUCUGCACCAGAAGCUUUCCUAAAAAAUGAAUUUUCAGAGAAAACAGAGGUGUACAUGUUUGGAUGUCUGUUGCUUGAGAUUUUCACUUUGGGUAGCCCAGCCUUUCAGGAACUUGCUAAGCCAGAGGAUGUUCAGAUAAUGGUUGGCUGCAUUGAUUACAAAGUAAAGAAACCCCAGUGUAUUCCAAGUGAUAUUUUCAAUGUAAUUUUGGCAUGUCUCUCAAGGGCACCUGAUAAAAGGCCUUCUUUUGGGGCCAUACGCAGUUCACUGCAGGAUAUACUAAACAAGGCAAAAGCUCAAAAACGCCAUGAUCCAGAGGAGAACGGUUUCCCAAGGGUGCCCAUGGCAGGGGAUUUUCUCAAGAGAACAGAGGAAAUUGUGACAAAAGUAAGCAGUGCCAUUAAAGAACACAAGGUAGUUAUUACACCACUGUAAUAAUCAUAAAAAUUAAACAGAGUAGCCAUUACUCCUUUACUGUGCACAUCUUUUU